AUGUCGUCGCUUUCGUUCAAUGUCUCGUACAAUUCCAUUACGAAAAAAGUGACUGUUCCGAGAUCCAAUACUGUUCAACAGCUCAUUGCCGUGAGUUUGGACAAGUUUUCUAUCAAUUCAGGCAAGUAUGGGGGCCAAUUAUACCACAACAAUAAAUUGCUAGAAUCGUCUUUAUCGCUUCGUCUCGCAAAUUUGAUUAACAACUCCAAAUUGACGCUUAAAACGACGAAUUUGGCUGCAUCUGCUCAGCAAAUCAAUGUAAAAUUGAUGAUUUCCAGCGAUUCUGAAGGUACAAAACAGAUUAUCAAUAAAGUGGACAGUAAUGCAACUCUUCUUGAGUUAUUGCAGCAAUUUGAAACGAGCGAAAAUAUCCAAUUGUUGACGAAACCAAGUCAAUUGGGUAUUUUGAGUGUGACGUAUCCUUCUGAUAGCUACUCUUCUACCAGAUUAGGUUCGCUUGUAGGUAAUGUGUCGAAUGUAGUAAUCAGAUUCAACUACACUAUGGGUGUAGAUACAGCAAAAUUGAAACAGCAGGAACAGCAGGAAUCAGUAAAGUUGCAAUUGAAACAACAGCAAGAAAGGAUCGCUAGACAGAGAGAGGAAGAAAGAGCCAAGGCACAAAAAGAAUUAGAAUUACAGAAACAGCAAGAGCAAGAUCAGGCAUUGAAGGAAGAGGAGGAAGAGGAAGAGACUCCGGAACCUACUGAAAGUAUCAUAGAAACAAAAGAGAAGCCUUCAAUUCCUUCUUCUACUAUUAAUGCUGAUUCUAUAUUAGAAAAAGAAUCGUACCAAUUUCAGACUCCACAAAUUGAGGAAACUCCGCUACUCUUUGUACCCGGCAACUCCAAUUCUGCCUUAUAUGAGAAUCCAGAUGAAGAUUACGAGAUGACGGUAUCUCAGGCAAAGACGUACCAGCAGCUAAUCCAAAAUUCUGGAAAGAAGAGAAAAGCCAAGCAAAUCAAUAAACCUGUGAGGCUCUUAAUUAGAGUCAAAUUUCCAGAUCGGUCUAUUUUACAGAUUAAUUUUGUAAAUGAUGUCGACACCAUAAAGUUGGGACAUUUGGUUAAGAAAAUCGAUGGCUUGUUGAAACCAGAAUAUAUCAAUCAUUAUAAUAUUAAGGCGGGAUACCCCCCACAAACGAUUCCAUUGAACUUUGAAAACAACAAUACGUUUUUGGUAGAUAUUCCCGAUUUUCAGAGCGAGAGAAUCGUGUUAAUCUGGGAGCUCUCGGACGGUGCACCUAGUAAGAAUGGACCGUUCUUGAAUGAGCAGCUUAUUGAGGAUGUUAAGACAUCAACGGAUUUACCUGAAGUAGUUCUUGAAAGUCAUAGGGGAGAAUUACCUGAUGAUGCGCAUACUAAAACAAGAACUUCUGGACAAGGAUCUGAGGCCAAAUCAGAGAGUAAGGGUAAACUAGUUCCUAAGUGGUUGAAGUUUAAGUGA